CUAAACCCUCCACUCCCUACUUUCCUUCUUACCGCAGCAGACGGUGACCUGCAGCCGUGUUCGCUGGCCACCGUCCACCGUCCACCUGCACCAAUUUUUUAUUUUUUUUCUGUACACCUCCAUUGAGCCUUUGGAUGAUGGAGUACUGGUGAAAAUUAAUGAUGCGGAAGAGAAGACUGAGGUUGGGAUCCGAUUUUCACAACUGCUCAAACGAACCCACUUGUUUAUUCAAAGUAUGCAGGGACUAAUAGAGUUCAGUGGUUCUAAGAAUCUUAUACUAAAGGAUGAUGAUAUUUUUUGUAUCCUUGAGAUAGAUGAUAUCAAAGAUAUUAAACCCUCAAAUAACAUAAGCUUAAGGUGGAAAGUUGAAGCAAUAUCUAAUGAAGAAUGGUGCUAAGAUCAGCAUGGAGGAACCACAAAUGUUGAUUUCUGGAAAUUCAAAUCAGAAAAAUGAGGCACUUGGAGAUCUCAUGCUAAGAAGUGAUGAGGGAUGUGUUUUUGAAAUGCUGAGUGAUGCAAUCAUCUUUGAGCGUCUUGUUUCUCCAUCCUGUUUAGUGUUUUAGGGAGUUGCACUUUGCCUUCAUCUCUUUGCAAUUACUGUCCACCCUGGUUUACAUGCAUAAUAGGCCCAAACAAAUAUGAUAUUUUGACCCAUUUUUUACCUUAAUUGAAGACACAAUCACAGAUCACAAUUCAUCUGAGGUUUUUUUUUUUUUUUUUUAACAAUCACUCAAGAAAUUGAAGAUUUUGACCGUAUUGUGCGACAUGUUAGUAAAGCCCUUGCUUCUGAGGUUAAUGGGAACUUGUGUAAAGAGUUGGCAUGUUUUGAUUGGUGCAGUUUUGCAUUGGAGCAAUUCUUGGUGGUGUUGAAUUAUGGUUUCUUGGUUAUCAACAAGGUUGUUGAACAUAUGCAUAGCUUCGAUGUGCAAGGCCCGGCAAUUGGUUAAAGCUGAAGUUGUAUUAAUUGAUGGUAUAAGAUUAGGGGUACUUCCAGAUGUGGUUACAUACAAUACUUUAAUCGAUGCAUAUUGUCGUUUUGUGAGUAUUGAUGUUGGUUAUUCUGUUCUUCAUAGGAUGAGGGAAGCUGGGAUAAACCCAGAUGUUAUUUCUUACAAUUCUUUAAUUGCUGGGGCUGCCAGGAAGUGCUUGUUGUCUAGGUCCUUAUGUCUGUUUGAGGAAAUGAUUCAAAUGGGUAUACAUCCUGAUCUCUGGAGCUAUAAUAUAUUAAUGGAUUGUUUGUUCAAGCUUGGAAAACCGGAUGAAGCAAAUCGUGUUUUUCGGGAUAUAAUACUUAGUGAUCUCCAUCCAAGCAAGGCUACUUUUAACAUUAUGAUUGAUGGUCUUUGUAAAAAUGGGUAUGCCAAUAAUGCUUUAACGUUAUUUAGGAAUUUGCAGCAGCGUGGAUUUGUUCCUGAUAUAGUGACAUACAAUGUACUCAUUAAUGGGCUCUGCAAGGCCAGAAGAUUAGUGGCAGCAAGCAAGAUCCUUAAAGAGCUUGAAAUAUCUGGUCGUGAACCAAAUGCUAUAACCUACACUACAGUUAUGAAGUGUUGCUUCAGGUGUAAGCAGUUGGAACGAGGGUUUGAGAUCUUGUCACAGAUGAAGAGUAAAGGGUUCACAUUUGAUGGCUUUGCUUACUGUACGGUGAUUGCUGCAUUAAUUAAGACAGGAAGAAUUGAGGAGGCAGAUUACAUCAUUCAUCAGAUGCAGAUGAGUGGCAUUGUGUCUGAUGUGGUGUCCUAUAACACACUAAUAAAUCGUCACUGCAAACAGGGAAGAUUAGAUGAUGCCUUGAAGUUAUUGGAUGAACUAGAGAAAGCAGGCUUAGAAUGUGAUCAAUACACUCAUACAGUUAUAAUUAAUGGCUUGUGCAAAGCUGGCUAUAUUGAUGCAGCUCAACAACAUUUGAAUCAUAUGAGUGCAUUGGGAUUCAAUAGUUUGGUUGCUUUUAACUGUUUGAUUGAUAGUCUAGGUAAAGCUGGUCAGAUUGAUCGUGCCGUGAAACUAUUUAAAUCAAUGGAGUUUAAAGAUGCUUUUACAUAUACCAUCUUGGUACAUAAUCUUUGCCGGGCUAGAAGGUUCCUUUGUGCAUCCAAGCUUUUGAUGUCUUGUCUAAAGUCUGGGCUUAAGACCCUAAAGGCUACUGAGAGAGCUGUUCUUGAUGGUCUCCAUGGUAUAGGAUACACAAAUGAAGCCAGGAAAUUGAGGUCUAAAAUUAAAUUAGCUCGAUUGCUGCAUUGACUACUUGGCAGUUGUUGUAUCUGUAUUAGUAAUGUAGUACUUGCUGACUUGGUAAUAACCCCCAUAACUUCAUCAAAAGGGAGACUAUUAUCAUUAUGCUACAGGACUGUUGGUGAGUAAUAUAAUUAAAUAGGCUGGUGGCCUGGUGCUACAUCAAGAUGAUUGAGCCUUGGCCUUUUUAGCGUCAGUGAAUCAUUCCUUGUAUCAUUGAUGUGUAUCCAAGGACCUGCCGGGAAUUCCACCACAACAGCCAUGAGUAAAGGUUGUUUUGAUGUUGUGUUCUGGUUGGUGCGUAAAUCAGCUCGAAAGACAAAUGUUGAUAUCUGGAAAUUCAAGUCAGCAAAGACAUUGUCUCGCUGGGAAGUGAUGAAGAAUCAGUACUUGUUUUGUGUUGCUGAUGUGAUGAUCUGCAUUUGGAGAGCACUUUCUUAGUGUCUUUUCUCAUUUCUUUUUCCCAUGAGAGUGGUGGAUGUAUAGAGUCAUUGACAUUAUUGUAGCUGUAAAUUUGUAAAUAGUCACUUCUUGAAUUAGAAAUGUAGGUGGUGAAUUGUAUACCUUGCGAAAUUUGAGAUUAAUAUGAGGUUUGUGUAAUGUUGUAACGUGAAUAAUGCUUGUUCUGAUUGAUGUUUACAUGAGUUGGCCAAGCCUUGUGAAGACUUUA